CACCUGUCAAACGUGUCAUUGCUUUGAGGUUAUUCGGAUAAUCUUGAGAAAAACCACGAAAACAAACGUAAUAAAUGAUUUAUUAUCCUAUUCUGAAGUUUAUCUCGACGAUUUUAUCCAAUUAGAAGAUAAUUUAUCGAAUUAAUCCCGGAAUUUAGCACUUGCUUGUACGAGCGUGAAGCAUGAAGUAAUAAAAAACGGGAUAGAAAGAGGAAUUAAUAAAGAGUUAAUUAAGAAUCAGGAAAUAUGGACAUCAAGCAGAAGGUAAUCGAUAAAUUCAACGAGGUAUUCGGCGCUGACCUGAAAAACCUCGAGAACAUCGAGGAAUUCCACGAGAAACUGGAAUCCGAGAAAAGAUUAAUCGAGGAGUCUCUAACGAUGGCAUCGUCAGAGGCUCCAUCAAAAGUUAAAGCAGCAGUGGAGAACGUCGAGAGUAUCAGAGCAGAAUUCAAAAAACAUAUCGAGGAAUCAACGAUUCUGUCCAAAAAAAUUAAUGAAGUGCUGGAAGGCGACAGGAAAGCUGCUGAGGUGCAGAAGGCAGUGGACAAGAUAAAUGAUCUGGAGAGGGCCUUGUCAUACCUGAAGAUCCUGAAGUGCCUGGAGGACAUCAGCGAGGAGAUGGAGACGUCUUUGGGAACUGGAGACGAGGAAUCCAUGAUAACUUCUUAUUGUAAUCUAGUAGAAGUGAGUCGUCAGCUGCAAUCGUCCUCCUGUCACAACCUCAUGCACUACCUCAAGGAGAUUCUUCACUUCUGGUACAACAACCUGAGAGAGAAAUUCUCGAACGAGUACUUGGACGUUUUUGGGACUGAGAUUCAAGUAUCACUUCACUGGAAGCAAACAAACGAAUAGGAGAGACAAACCCGAGUGGUUUUUCACUCAGAUCCUUACCUGGAUCAAGGAUCACGCCAGGUGGACCGAGAGGAAUGUUCAGCCGGUUGCUGAUGCCACGGGAUUUCAUCAUGUCAAUACCAAAAUCGAGUUCAUGAGAGCUCUCGUCCAAUUGGCUGUGGAGAAGUUGCAGUCUGAGCUCCUCGUGGUGCAGUACGAUGAUGCAUUAUUUGCUCAUUUGGUGGACGAGGCUUUGGGUUUCGAGAGGGAACUCAGAGAGACUUUGAGCUACCCCCAGAGUCAGCCGGCAACUGUUUUCGUUCUCACUCAGGCCCAGAUAUUUGUUAAAUGGAUUAAUAUGGAGAGGAAGUACGCCAUCGAGAAGAUUGAAAAUAUUUUGGGCUCCAGUACUGCCUGGGAGAGGGUCAAUCUGGAGGACAGUGAUGAGAUGAAGAUCACUGAAUCUGCUGAUGCCUUUCUCACUCUGCUAACGACUAUUUCUGAUAGGUACAAUCAUUUACCUCAGCCUGGUCAUCGACUGCAGUUCCUGGAGCUCCAGCUGGAGCUGAUUGACGACUGGAGGGUCAGGCUGCUGCAGCUUCUUCAUGAUGACAGGGAAGAUCCACUCGAGUCUUUAAUCCCUAGAAUUUUAAACUCUAUUCGAUAUGUGGCGAGGGUUUUAAUGGAGUGGGGAGUCACAGUGCACUUUCUGCAACUCCACUUCUUCAAAAAACAAUGCGACGCUGCUGAAUUAGCAACUGACCAGGGGACAGAGGUGUCUGAGGUAUCUGGAGAUGAUGGGACUGUCUUCGAUGAAGCGGUUGCACUUCUGGAUAGAUUGGAGAACAAAUUGAUGAGUGAAAUCUGUCAGUCGGUUGUGCUGGAUGUCAAAGCGAAGAGCAGACCGUACAGAACUGACAAGUGGUUCGCAAUGCAGAACAAAAAGGAAGUUGUCUCGUUGUCAGUGACACCGAGUGGAUGUCCGAUGUUCCAGGAACUCGCUUCAGGCCUUCACAAACUCCAUCAGAUUCUUGCCCUCGAGCUCUUCAACACUGCCUGGAAAAAUCUUGCUGGCCAACUCGAUCAGUAUUUAUUCGAGGAGAUUGUACUCGUCAAUCGGUUCAACGUUGGAGGAGCUGAACAACUUCAGUUCGAUGUCACCAGGAAUUUAUUCCCACUCUUUGGGCUGUACACUAAUAAACCGGAAUCGUAUUUUCCGUUGAUGAGGGAAGCCUGUAUUCUGUUGAAUACACUCCUGGGCUCUGCCCUGCUGCUGAUGGAGACACUGGAGAAUCAGGAUGAGACGAGAUGUUCAGAGGCCCUGGCUGAACUUGGAGUUCAUAAAAUGAAUCUCGAAAAUGCCCUCAUGGUUCUCGCGACGAGGACUGACAUUUCUGACGUAUCUGGCCAGUAGGCGACAUUUUUUCUGUAAAUAUCAAUCUUUUGCUAAUUGUUUGUAAAUAAAUUGGAUCUUGAUUGUUA